AUGGUUCGGAAUUAUAAAAAGAAGAAAACUACAAAUACAGUAAGCGACGAAAUAUUGAUUGAUGCUUUACGAGAAGUCAAAAUUAAUCGAGAAACGUUUAAAAAUAUCAGUGAAAAAUUUAAUAUACCUUUAAGAACCCUGGAAAGAUACAGUAAAAAAGUAGAUGUUGAUGAGUUAUUGAAUCCAAACAUCGUAAAAUUGACAUUGAAAUUUGGAUAUUCAAAAAUGUCUCAGAUUUUUACAGAUGAGGAAGAAUGUGAACUGACUGAAUAUUUGCUAAAGGCUGAUAGUAUUUAUUUUGGCUUAACAGUGUUGGAAGCUCGAGUGCUAGCUUUUUCUUAUGCCGUAAAAUUAAACAAAGCUCCAGAAAAUUGGCGCAAUAAUAAAACUGCAGGAAUAGAAUGGUUUCGAGGAUUCAUGCGAAGACAUCCGCGUUUAGCCCUCCGAACUCCAGAAGCAACCAGCCUUGCUCGGGCUUCAGGUUUCAACCAACACGCCGUCUCACAAUUUUAUGACAAUUUAGAAUUCAUAUUAAAUAGCCAUGCAUUUGGACCAAUGGAUAUCUGGAACUGUGAUGAAACUGGAGUAACGACUGUUCAAAAACCAAAUCGUGUUAUAGCUCGACGAGGAUUUAAACAGGUAGGCAGGAUUACGUCCGCCGAACGUGGAGAACUCGUUACACUCAUGGUAGCUGUAUCUGCAAAUGGGUCCUAUAUUCCUCCAUUUUUUGUAUUCCCUCGUGUUAAAUUUCAAAAUCACUUUUUAAACGGAGGACCGAACGGAAGUGUCGGCUGUGCAAAUCCAUCGAGGUGGAUAAAAGAAAAUCAUUUCCUAGAAUUUCUAACACAUUUUGUGAAAAAUACAAAGUGUUCAAAGGAAAACCCAGUUCUUUUCUUAUUGGACAAUCAUUUGUCACACGUCUCAGUGCCGGGCAUUGAUUAUGCUAGAGAUAAUGGAAUUAAUAUGUUAUCUUUUCCACCUCAUUGUAGCCAUAAACUGCAAAUUCUGGACGUAUCUGUGUAUGGACCUAUAAAAAAAUAUGUAAAUCGAGCUAUGGAUUGUUGGAUGACCAAUCACCCAGGCCAGAGAAUGACAAUAUAUGACAUUCCUGGUAUUAUAAAUGAAUGUCUACCGAAGGCUUGCACGCCUUCAAAUAUAAUAUCUGGGUUUAAAAAAACCGGCGUAAUGCCAUUUAAUAAGGACAAUUUUGAUGAACAUGACUUUCUAUCAUCUUAUGUUACUGACAGACCAAUGACGAGUGAAUCUUCAUCCACGUCAAAGACACCCACAACAGAUCCUUCUAAAACAUCUUCAACUAUGAUUUGUACGACAGGACCUUCACAACCGUUAGAACUAUCAACCUUCACUACAAUUUCGAUGAGAGAGACAAGACCUUCAGAGUUUCCAGAUUCUUCAGCAUCGAUCACAAUAGCAGAAAAUGAAAAUACUGUAGAACAAUUAAGACCUCAUCCAAAAGCAGGGCCAUGA